AGCUCAUAAUACUAGGGGUGUUUGAGAAAACCGGCAGCCAUGGCCGGGAAUAUGGGAAUGGAACAAUUGAUUCCAAUUGUUAACAAAUUACAAGAUGCUUUCACCCAGCUGGGUGUUCAUAUGCAGCUGGAUUUACCCCAAAUAGCUGUUGUGGGUGGACAGUCUGCUGGCAAGAGCUCCGUGUUAGAAAACUUUGUGGGCAGGGACUUUCUUCCUCGAGGCUCCGGAAUAGUAACGCGGCGUCCAUUGAUCCUUCAGCUAAUACAUGGAAACACAGAAUAUGCGGAGUUCUUGCAUUGCAAAGGAAAGAAGUUUGUUGAUUUCAAUGAAGUACGUGCAGAGAUUGAGGCAGAGACAGACCGUAUCACUGGCUCUAACAAGGGCAUAUCACCAGUUCCUAUUAAUCUGCGUGUUUAUUCCCCAAAUGUGCUCAACUUGACCCUGAUUGAUUUGCCGGGUCUGACUAAGGUGCCCAUUGGUGACCAGCCGGUAGACAUCGAACAACAAAUCAAGGGAAUGAUCUUCCAGUUCAUCAGACGGGAGUCCUGCCUCAUCCUCGCCGUCACCCCCGCUAACACAGAUUUGGCCAACAGCGAUGCCUUGAAACUUGCAAAAGAAGUCGACCCUCAAGGUCUUCGUACGAUCGGUGUGAUUACGAAGUUAGAUUUGAUGGAUGAAGGCACGGAUGCGCGAGAUGUGCUCGAGAAUAAGCUGCUACCUCUCCGACGCGGUUACAUUGGUGUCGUCAACCGAUCACAGAAGGACAUUGAUGGCCGCAAAGACAUCACCGCUGCCUUGGCAGCCGAGAGGAAGUUCUUCCUUAGGUAUGUAUUUGACGCUAAAAACCAAUUUUGAGACAGCAACCCAACGAGGAACUUUAUAAUUGGUUGUGAGUGAUCAAAAAUCCGCUCGUUCUACAUUUAUUUUAAUAGUAAUUUUAAGAUAAUUUAAUAAUAGGCCGAAAACCACAGUUGUCAAUUAAGUAGAAAUCACAUUGUUAUCAUUAUUACCUAGGAACUGGCUGUAAUGACUCAUAUUUUCCUCAAUGACGUACGGGUAAUGAAUACAUCGAAUUCGAGUGUAAACAACGACGUUGGGCUAACCAAGUGGUACUUGUAUACUGUAUGAGGAGUUGCAACAUAGGUAUAUCUGACAUAGACAUAUAGGUCGCUCUCGACUAUCGGGCUGACCUACUUUCGUACGUCGAUUGCAUUUGUAAUUUGCGAGAGAAGAUAACCACUUAUUUUAUCGGCUUAGUAAAUUAGUCUCUAAAAACAUUUUUAAUAUUAUUGUGUUACGUUAUGCUAUGAUGCAUUGCAUUGUAUGACUAACAGAAAUACAUUAUCAAACAAAUGAUCGAUAAUAAUAAGGCCGAUGAAGGAUGUACCCAAAAUAAUUGUUAUGUAAACAAUGAUAAACUAAAGCGCUUAGCUGAGUCGCUUAGUGAUAAA